UCACUCCUUUGCAGCGGUUGCUCGGCGACGCUUGGUUGUUGUUGCCGGAAUUUGUUGGAGCGUUGAGCGAAUUUGUAUCUGUUUUUAGUAGUUGUGCAGCGCUGAACCUGUGAUGUUGUGUUUGGUGGUUGAUCCAGUUCUUGGAAACCCCAACUUUUCCCGACUUUGACCACCAGAAGACUCCGUCGCCGGGCAGCCACCGUAUUAUCGGAUUAUCGGAUCCAAGAAAUAUAGUUAUAGUGACGCAGAUCGUUCCGACCUCCGUUCCCUCGUUGAUUAUAGGAUGGGUCUACUUUCGCUGUUGCGUAAACUGAGACCCAAUCCGGAAAAGGAGGCUCGCAUAUUGCUCCUGGGAUUGGAUAAUGCGGGCAAGACUACGAUACUGAAGCAACUGGCCUCGGAGGACAUUACCACGGUGCGUAUGAGGGCCGCGAAAUGCUUUCGAUUUCCCCAUAAAAUACGGAGUGAAACCCCGCAGGUAACGCCCACGGCCGGAUUUAACAUCAAAUCCGUGGCAGCCGAUGGUUUCAAGCUGAAUGUUUGGGAUAUCGGGGGACAAUGGAAGAUCAGGCCAUAUUGGAAGAACUACUUUGCCAAUACUGACGUGCUGAUCUACGUAAUUGACUGUACGGACCGGGCUCGACUUCCUGAAGCGGGCAGCGAACUGUUCGAGAUGCUGAUGGACAACCGGCUAAAACAGAUUCCAGUGCUGAUUUUCGCCAACAAACAGGACAUGCCGGAUGCCAUGACAGCCUCCGAGGUGGCCGAAAAGAUGAGUUUGGUGCAACUGCAGGGUCGCACCUGGGAAAUCAAGGGGUGCACCGCUGUAGAUGGCACUGGUCUCAAGGAGGGAAUGGACUGGGUCUGCAAAAACAUGAAGAAGUAAUCUUAAUUAUCGGAACCUUCGCCUGUUAAGUUUUUCCUAAGAUCGAAUUCAUAAAUAUACGUAAUUAUAAUGUCACCUCAAUAUUGCAACUGAUUUAAUCUCUAAUUUAAGACUUAUUUCUUAUUUAUUACUAUUUAUUUGUUUUAAUUUCAAUUUUAUCUUGCUCCCUGUAAAGAACAUUGUUCUUUUUAAAUAAAUACUAUACAAAAAGGCAAA